CUUGAUGUCACGCUCCCGAACUGUCCACUUCGGUGGAACUGCGCUCAGUUUGGGACAAAGUCUUGACCAGAGAUGAACGCGGCGAACCUAUGGAAGUUCGUACGGUGAUACUGCUCCUGCUACUGCUGCUGUUACUAGGACAAAGUGUUGUUGACGCGCAAAUCGAAUGUCAAUCGGAUGACGACCUCGAUUGCGACGGAACGGAAGCAGAAGAGUUCAGCAAUGGGUACGAGAACUUUCUGCCGGUGGAACCGGGUGAACCGUACCGCAUCCGGCUGCGCAAGUUCGACUACCUGAUCGGCGUCAAUCCGGAGUGUAUCCUGGGCAACGCCAACAACUAUCUGCCCUGGCUGUUUCCAAAUGGUUCGCUGGCCAUCAGGAGCAGCUCGCAGGCACUGGAUGUAUCAAAUCUGAAGCUGAACGACAACGCAAUGGAGUCUGUAGUGGAAAAGUUGGAAUCGAUGCUGAACUUCAGUGACAUCCGGUACUUGUCACUGGCAAACAACCGACUCACUGAACUGCCUGCGGAAAGUUUGUUGCAUUUCCCCAAUCUGGAGCACCUUUCUAUGAUGUACAACCCGUUCAAGGAAUUCACCGCGGAAUCGAGCAACCGUCCCAAAAUACCCAACCUUCAAUCGUUGGUAACGCUGGACAUGCGCUACUGCGGGUUGGGAGUGCUUCCGGCGGACUUUUUCCACGACGUCCCGAAGCUGCAGUUUCUCUUUCUUUCGCACAACUACAUCACAAAGCUUCCGGCGCCGCUGUUCAACCGACUGAACAAGCUGGUACAUCUGGACCUGUCCUACAUGGACAGCUCGCUGCGGGAGGAGGAGGCCCGGAUGGAGAAUCCCUUUAUGAAGCUGAUCACGGGGAUGGAUAUGGACUCGAACGUGUUUCAGCCGUUGAACAAGCUGCGGUUUUUGGAUUUGUCCCACAGCAAGUUGGAUCUGAAGGCGUUCAUAGCGUUGAGUUCGCUCGGAGCUAAGCUGGAGUACGUCAGCUAUUGCUACACGGAUCUGCCAACGCUGAUGGACUAUCUGUUCCAGAUGGAGAGCAUCAAGAUGUUGGAUCUGUCGGGGAAUUUGGGAUGUGGACGGGCGUUGAAUGAACUGAGUUUCUCGCUGUUGCGGAACAGUUUAGAGGUGUUGUACUUUAAGAAUGCGAGCAUUUUCAACUUGAAGUGGAUGUCUGGACUGAGAAAUCUUCGGGUGCUGAACGUGAGGGGAAACUUUUUGUCAACUCUGGAGUAUGGUCCGUUUAAUGAACUCGUUAGUUUGGAAGCGCUGGAUGUAAGCAAUAACUUUAUUCAGUCGUGGAGUUGUCAGCUGUUUGCAAACAAUACCAAGAUGUACUUGUUGAACGCGCGACACAAUAAUCUUCUGCUAAUCACGACGUCUAUGCUUAGAGAUUUUGAGCCCCUCAAGUAUCUCGCAGUAGGAGUGAAUACGAUACAGUGCACCUGCAACUACGUGUACUUCCUACAGAUGAUCAUGGGGAACAGCUCGGCCGUGACUCCCCAAACGGAACUCAACUCGGAGCGUUCCGCGACCGAGACGAUAUUUUCAAUUGAGCACCUUAAAUUGUACGAUUUCGAUGAAGCCGAGUACUAUUGCAUGAACUUCACCGGAAAGAGAAGAGUGAACGCGAUUGAGUUGCAAAUCUGCAGUCGCGAGGACGAAGGAGGUUACAACAACAUUUCAGAACCCGCUAGCGAGGAACCGCUCGAGGAUGUCGUCGAAGAAUACCUCGUGAUCUAUGUGAUAUCUAGCUUGUUGGUGAUAUUAGCUUUGCUGUCCCUGUUGGGCAUCUACUGGUACUGGUUCUACAUCAAGUACUUCUUCGUAAUUCUGAAAAACUCGGCGAUCCUAAGCUUCUUCAACGACGACAAGCUGUACCUGGACAAAAGUGCGCUCGUGGAGGAGGCGCCCUUCAACUACGACGUGUUUGUAAGCUACAGUGACAACGAUCGCUCCUGGGUUCUCGAGGAAAUGCUUCCGAACUUGGAGCGCGAGGACCUGCUGACGGUUUGCCUCCACGAGCGGGACUUUGAGGUUGGCUACGGGAUACUGGAAAACAUCAUUUCCUGCAUGGAUCGCUCGCGCUGCCUGAUGUUGAUCGUGUCGGAGAGCUUUCUGAUGAGUCGGUGGUGUCAGUUCGAGAUGCACCUGGCGCAGCAUCGGUUGUUGGAGACCCGCCGAGACGAGCUGAUACUGGUGCUGCUGGAGGACAUCCCGCGACGAAAAUGUCCCAAAACGCUGGGUUUUCUCAUGAAGACGAAGACCUACAUCAAGUGGCCCAAAGAGCGAACGCAAGAGAAGGAGCUUUUCUGGAAACGGUUGCGCAAAGCUCUGCUUACGUCCAAGUGCUGAAUCGUGCAUGGGAUUGAACAGUGAGAUCGUUGUAGAGUAUAACUUUGGGGGUUAUCGUGGUUGCUUUGUUGAAUAUUACUUAAAGUUGAUCGAGUUUGAGAACAUGGACUUCGUUCAUAGAGUUAAUAUGAGAGGUCAAGUUUUUUUAG